AUGGCCACUGAUUGUACCAACGAGGCUUCCGUUAACUUGUUCACCAAGAAAUGUUCCUAUGUCAAAUUCCGUACACCGACAAUGCUGGUUCAACCGGUUCACGCCCAUUCCAAACCAAUCAGUUCAGAUAUCGCAAUCCACCGGUUAACUACCAAAACCGCUGAAUCAAUCUACACCAGGGUUUUCAAAGACUCAGAAUUCUUCCCUCGUGACAUCAACGCUAUUUUAACCAGCCGCAACAGCUUAGGAACGUUUAUAGCGUUCCCAAAAGAAAAACACGGUUACAAAACUAACCGCUUAGACCGCGAUUUCCCAACGGAUUUUGCGAUACUAAGUGUAUGGAGCACCAAAGAUGUAUUCAGGCUGCAAAUGAAAGGCAUUUCCCGGUUAACUCACGCGUGUUGCUCCGGUUCGAGAUUACUUGAUUCUUGUAUGCCAUGGAUGAAACUACCCUCGUUCCCUAACGUGUUCGACAAGUUUUGGAUUUAUUUCAUGUACGGUAUGCACAUGGAAGGCAGGGACGGUCCACGGCUGAUGAAAAGUUUAUGUUAUUUUGUUCAUAACAUUGGGAGACACGACGGAGGAUGUGGAGCUGUUGCGACGGAGAUUAGUCCUUUAGACCCGGUGGCUUCGGCUGUUCCUCACUGGAAACGUCUUUCGUGGGCUCAAGAUCUUUGGUGCCUCAAGAAACUAUCAGAUCAACCUGAAAUGUCAGAUUGGAGUAGCUCAAGAUCCUCUGUGAUUUUUGUUGAUCCUCGUGACAUCUAAUGAAUACUGUAAAAAGGAUUGUACAUAAAG